AUGGAACCGUCGACGAGACUUGGGCCCAUCACCGUGCAACAUCCGCCGGAACCAAUGUUGCCAAGCUUCGGCUCAGGCUUUACCGAUCUGCCGAAAGAGAGUGCCGGACAGGACCCGGUGGCAAGCUACGGACUGAUGUCCACCGCCGCCCUGUCCGUAGCCACUGCAGGUGCUGCAGUCAGCCGGCGUGUGCGACGCACAGCACCAAGAGGCAUUCGGCAAGGGCGACCUCGCCAAGUUCUCGUCAGGAGCCACGAUCACGAGGAUCUCGAGCAUGGCCAUAGCCAUUGUAAUGGCCAUGACCACGAGCAUUCACACAGCGUUGCCAGCUCCGCAAACUCCCAUGAAAGCGACGAACACGGGCACAGUCACAGCCACAGCCACAGCCACAGCCACAAGCAAGACUGCUGUCACAGUCAUGAGGCUGCGGCUGUGGCAGAUCACGACCAUGAUGACGGGCACGGUAGUCUUCAUGGCGGUUGCUGCGGGCACGGGCACAGCCACGGCGAGGUUCCAGACUGGCUUCCGGGGGCGCCAGCACUUCGGCGCCUCUCAGAUCUGUCCAGAACGAAGACGUCGAUCACCGUCGUGACCGUUGCCUUUGUUAUGUCAGCCCUCUUUGCGUAUGUCAAGUUGACGCCAGGCAUCAUGUCCCGAAGCCUUCGACUGGCAGGCCCAGUGCUGGUCUACGUCGUCUAUGGUAUACCAGCAUUAGCGGGAGCCAUGCAAAACGCAGCCCAACUCGACAUCCACUUCCUGAUGACCUUGGCUGCAUUUGCGUCAGUGGCCCUUGGCCACGGCCUGGAGGGCGCCAUGCUUCUGCUCCUCUUUGCUCUCUCCGAGGUGCUUGAGGUGUGGAGCGCAGUCUCCAUCACUUUGCCGAUGGACGGCGAAAUGCUUGAUAACGUUGGUGCAGCCAGCACUUUGAUUGGAGCGAUGGUGUUAUUGAUGUGCCUGACAUACUUGACGAACAAUUCCGACAAGGACAUAAGACGGUACAGUUAUGAAGUCAUCAGUCAGACCAUCGCGAUCUUCUGUGCUGUAAUGAUUUUCCAAUACGUGAACGACGUCACAGUCAAGGUUGUGAAUGUCUUCGGCCUUCAACAAUUUCAUCUCGUGGUCCAGAUGUGUCAGAUGCUUGUUUGGUAUGGCGCGUUGGAAUUUCACCUGUACUACAUGUCCUUUCAGGGCGCCAUCGUCCUGGCGAAGCACAAGCUCAAAGAGGUUCCAGGCAUGCGGCCCUCCUCAGAGAGGGUGUCAGUUUGGACAGCAGUUGCGUCGCUAUUUAGUCCAGAGCAUGUCAUGCUGCAGCAGCUACACCCUCUCGACCACAUUGAGGACUUGCAGUCGCAGAUGACUUGCUGGAAAGUACUUCUGUCUCAUGUGGCUGGCUUUGCCGCCAUCAAUUCGUUUGGAACUCUCCAACAAAUGGACGCGUUUUGCAGCAGCUGGCAGAUGAGUGCCUGGAUAGUUGUGAUUGCGGCUAUCUCGCUUCUCCUGUUGCAGUGGUAUUUCGAUGAGCAGAGAAGAAGGGUCGCCGAAAACUGGAAAACCUUCUCGAGCUUGUACGACGACCGCAUGGAAGAUCUUUAUCAUGAGUGCUACGUCAUGUGGCACGAGGAAGCUGAAGAGCCAGAGGACAAUGUGCUGGCGUUAACCCUCUCCUUUCUGACCGUCCAGACGGUGCGAUUCUGGAUAUCUGGCUACAUGCCCGACGUUGAAGGGCUUGAUAGCUGGGCGGUGCAAACAACCCGCAGCUUCAGCGACAUCGAGACUCUGUUAAUGGCAGGGGCCUUGUUCUGCGCAGGUACCGUCGCCUUGGACCUUUAUGCAGGCCUGCAUAUCAACGAAGAUGGCGACGGAGAAGAGCCUCGAACGUACCAAGUGGCUUUGGCUUCUUUCAAUCAGGCUUUUGCUUGGUGCAUGUACUUCGGGUGCAAGUGGUUGGUCGCCACGCAGCUGUUCGUCACUGGUCCUGAGGAGAAGAUGAUUCUGCAUCUGAUUCUGGCUGCCCUGGUCACCUUCAUAGCUGUCGUCGCGAUUUGGGUCCUUGACAAAUUGGCUGAUCUUGAAGCCACAGGCGAGGAUCUGGAUCAUGCGAUUAUACAGGUCAUUGGUGGCAACUCCAUCCUGGUGGGCUUUGCAUGGGAACAGUGCUUCGAUCGGGCGAUAGAGGUUAUAGCAGCGCAGGGCAGUUUCUUCCGAGUGCCACCGCUGGCGAUGAAGCUGGCCCUGGCAGCUGCAUGCAUCUGCAUCAUUGUUCCAGCAUGGCGUCGAUGGAUCUUGCCUAUGGUCCUGCGAGAGGGUUGGAAGUUCGGCUUCGUCAUCGAUGGCAGCGAUCCCAAAUGGGGGAAAGUCUUCAAAAGUAAGCGAUGGCGCUGGCUUAUGCACAGAGCUGGCAUCCAAGUGAUCGGUUUCAAGAGACCUUCCCUGGUGUCGCAGCAGAGAAGGGAGAAGAACCAUGGCAUGGCAUUCCAGAAGCGUCGACAGGAAAGAGGGAUGUUCAAGAUCCUGCAGAAGGAGAAGGCCCUUUCCACCUCAGACGGGUGGCCGGACGACUCCCCUGCUAAGGAAAAUGGCUUGAAGUUCGUGUACGGAGGAGGUAGAGACCUGACGCGACCUUUGCUUCAAGACUCUGAAGACUCCGACUUUUACAGCCUGGACCGGUCUGUCGAAGUCCUGCACAGGCAAAUCUUACACCUGGCAGAAGUGGAGGCGAGCAACAAGCGCUUGGGGCCUGAGAUGAGGCAGCUGACCGAGAAGAUCUCCGACCUUGCCACUCUUGCUGCAGAGGAAAAACUCUCCUUGAGAGCUCAAGCUUCUCUUGAUGCUCUCGGCAGCUUAUGCCCGGAGACUGUCCGGCGCCUCGAUGCUCAUGUGAAGACGCUGGCGGAUGCCGAGCAGGGCCGCGAGGUGCGUGUCUUAGACUUGCGUGCCGGCGAUCGCAUCUUCGUCAGAGCCGGAGAGGUGGUUCCUGUCGAUGGACGAAUAAUUGAUGGAUGUUCGCAAAUAGGCAUGAGCCACAUGACGGGUGAGCCGUUGCCACAGGCGGUUCGCCCUGGGCACUCGGUGAGUUCUGGAGCGACUCUCAUUGAUGGGGCGCUGCUCUUAGAGGUGCAGCGAGAGGCCGGAGAAUCCACGCUGCAGCGCUUGGCCAAACUCACCUCUUCGGCCAAGGCCUCCCGACCGAAGCUCGUGACUCUUGUGGAUGCAGUAGCGGAGCGCUGGUCCUUUGCUGUGGUGAUUUCGACCGCCCUCGUUGCGGCGUUGCCACCGCUGUUGUUUCGAGCGCCACUUGGUAGGUCGGUGUACCAUGCUCUGGUUUGGCUCAUCACCGCAUCCCCGUGCGCGCUGAUUCUUUCGACGCCCUUGGUCUACCUCUCCGGCCUUUCUGUUGCUGCACGCAAUGGGGUGCUGCUGAAAGGAGGACGCACUCUGGACGCUCUGGCAGUGGCAAGUGGAGUGGCUUUUGACAAGACUGGGACGCUGACGACCGGCACGCCAGUUCUGCAGAGUUUGGAGGAAGUCGUGGACAGCGAGUCGGCACAUGCCAAGUCCAAGGGCGAGCAUGAAGUGGACGCCCUCCUUUGCGCUGCUUCCCUUGGACGGCUGUCCGUGCAUCCCGUUUCAAGGGCAGCCGUAGCCGCGCUGCCCGAAGACAAGGAUCCCCUCCAGGUCACGGGCUUCCAAAUGGUCGCUGGUGAAGGCGUCACUGGAAGUUUGCUGCCAAACACAAACGGUGUCACCUGCAAAGCCGCCAUGGGACGUCCGGAGUUUGUGGCGAACCAGGUGGAAGGAAGUGGGCGAAGCAGCCACGCUUUGGUCCAUGCGCUGCGGUCGCGAGCAGCCAAGGUGGCCAAGACUGGCAGCGUGGUGAUGGCUUUGUCGGUGUGGUCGCCAGACGAGGAGGCUCAAGCCUGGCUGUUUCACUUCGAGGACAGCGUCAAAGAAACAGCGUCCGCUGUGGUGGCAGAGGUUUCCCGAGGAGGUCCUGUUUACAUGCUCACCGGCGAUCGCCAUGCCAAUGCCAGAAGUGUGGUUGAUGAAGUAGGCGCGGCCAAUUUCGAUGCCGUUCACGCGGACUUGAGACCAGAAGACAAGCUCGAAAAGGUGAGACUGUACGACACCCUACUCCGAGAAACUGCCGGAAAGGGAUCGUGGCAAGCGCGGCUCUUGGGUCUUCUCGGCGUGUCACUGGGUGGACUCGUCAUGGUCGGAGAUGGAGUCAAUGAUGCUCCUGCUUUGGCGGCCGCAACGGCUGGGAUUUCACUGGAGGCGCAGACGGACGGGGCAUUGCAGAGCAACGCCGUCGAUGGAUCGGACGCGUUGAUACUCAGACGGGCUAGUGACCCUCGUGGAGACAGCGACCUGAAGCGCGUGGCUUGGCUUCUCGCCUUGGCCCAAAAAGCGAGGAAUAUCAUUCUCCAGAAUCUCUGUCUUGCCGGUGGAUCUAUACUGGGCGCGAGCAGCGUGACACUCUUCACCGGAAUGCCACUGUGGCUGGGAGUGCUCCUGCACGAGGGGACUACGAUGCUUGUGGGACUGAACAGUCUGCGCCUGUUUUCAAGCCUCCGAAGUACGUGGCGGCCACCGUUUAGCCGCUAUCGGAGGAAGCACUGA